UUAUUCGCCUCUCAACAAUACAAAUACACUCACCCGAAACAAAAAUUACAAAUUACCGAGUUGCCGAAUCGCUAUCCAUAAAACAAAACCACUAAAGUGCUAAAAUAAAACUAAUCUCCGUAAAAAUAAUAAAAAAAACGCGCUGUGAAACUAAAAUUUAUCAUCUCAGUGAAUAUUUUUUUUUUAAAACCAAAGUUCUGACUCACGUAGUACAUCGACAUUUAGAAGUCAGCCAUCUUGCGAUCCUAAUCAAAGAUCUUUUGCUAGCGGGUUUCGUUGUCUGGUUUUUCGGCCAGUUAAAUAUCAACACACACUUCAUCAGAUGGCUUUAAAACGAAUUAAUAAGGAACUUCAAGAUCUUGGAAGAGAUCCACCUGCACAAUGCUCCGCUGGCCCUGUAGGAGAAGAUUUAUUCCACUGGCAGGCGACUAUAAUGGGACCACCUGACAGUCCGUAUCAAGGAGGUGUAUUUUUUCUUACAAUUCACUUUCCCACAGAUUAUCCAUUCAAACCACCUAAGGUAGCAUUCACGACCAGAAUUUAUCAUCCAAAUAUAAACAGUAACGGUAGUAUUUGCUUGGAUAUUUUGAGAUCGCAGUGGUCUCCAGCACUUACUAUUUCAAAAGUCUUACUAUCAAUAUGCUCUCUGCUGUGCGAUCCAAAUCCCGAUGACCCGUUGGUCCCAGAAAUAGCGAGGAUAUACAAAACUGAUCGAGAGAAAUACAACGAAUUGGCACGUGAAUGGACGCGCAAGUAUGCCAUGUGAUGCGUCAAUUUCUGUUGAUUUCAAUGAAAAAAAAAAAAAAAAAAAACAGCAACAACAAACAAAAAUAAAAAAAAAAAUAAACACCACCACCAACGAGCAGCCCUCAGCCUAAUGCCACUUAUCUCGUUCAGCACCGAUUAAAACUAGCAAUCGCUCGUUACAAUUAUGAUGAUGACGAUAAUGGUAAUUUUAUAAGUUGUGCCGCAAUUAAUGCUCGCAGACGCAUACGCUCAGGUCAUAAAAAAUCAAUAAAAAUAAAAAAAAAAAAAAUAAGUAAUGUUAAUUAAUAAUCUUCAAAGCAACCACGUGAUUAUCCACGCUAAAAUAAUUUAUCUCAUCACAUUCUGGUCAAUAUAUUAGCCUGCGAGUUAUUUUUAUUUAUACAUUUUUUUUUUUUUCGUUUUUAAAACGGGACAACACUAGGCUACUCGAGGCACUUUACAAGGUGGCUACACUUACACUAAACACGUUUAAAAUACAAUCUAAAUAAUUUGAAAAAAAAAAAAAAAAAAAAAAGAAAGAUAAAAAAAAUAAAUGUCCGCUUUGAUUUUUCAUAAUAAAAUAAAACAACAAAACUAAAACUAUAGGUGUGAAAGUAGGAUUUGUAUUUGAAUUAGUUUAAUUUUCAAUGAAUAUGUGCUUAUAUAUAAAUAUUAAUUAAUUAAUUGUAAUUAUUGAUAAUAAUAUUAUUAAUAACUACCUACUUUCUCAGUGACUACGAAUUGGUAACAUCACAUCGGUUGUUAGUUUUUUAAAAUUAUAAUAUUCGAUACUGAGCGUUACCCGUCCCUGGGAACAAUGCGGUUACUUUUUUGUAAGACUGGGCUCUAUAAAUAAUAUUACUUCAAUACCUAUUCCGUUUUGUUUCAUUAUUAUUACUAUUAUUAAUUAUUAAUUAUUACUCUUGAUAAAAAGAAAAGAUAAAUAAUAAAUAUGUCACCUGUACUCGUUUUUAGUUUUAAAUUUAUUAUUUGCAUCUUAGCUCGUUUUGACGGUGUGUGAAACUGAAAAUAAAAUAAUAAUUUAAAUUAAUUGUUGAUUUAAAUAUUCGUGGCUGAACGGCAAAAUGUGACGAAGGCUCACUGGUAUAUAAUAUUAUACAUAAUUAAUUAAUUAUAAAUAUCAGUUGUAUUUAUAAUGGUAAUAAUUAUUAUUAAUUAAUUAAUUUUACAUUGUUCAAAAUUAAAUGUUCAAUCACUUUUUAAAACAAAUAAUUAUGAAUCAUAAUAAAUCAACUCUUUUUUGCGUUUUCAAUAAUUUAUUGACAUUUUUUAUGUAGUUAUCCCUUUUAUUACUGAUAUUAUUAUUAGUAUGCAUAUAAUUAAUAAUUAAUUUUUAAUAAAAUAAAUACUACUUGACGUUACUGCCAUGUCGCGUUUGCCGCUCAACCACGCCAAGCUAAUGGCAUUUUAUAUCAAUUAUUAAUAAUAUAUAUAUCAGAAUCAAACUAAGUAAUUUUUUUUAAAUUAAUGGGACUUUAUUGACAAUUAUUUUGUUCGUGGUGUCCUUCACUUCAACAAUUAUUUAAAAGUAAAUUUUAAACAUAAUUGUUAUUUAUUUUGUCAUUUAUUUAUUUAAAUUAAACAUCGGACAAUAAUGAACAAAUAUAAUUUUAAAAUAAUGAAACAUGUUUAGCCAGUAAAAUAAAAAUUAUUAAAUUAUUUAUUAAAAUAAAAUAAAUCUUUUAUUACAUUGUAGCUGUGAAGGAACUUGUGAGCUCAAUUUAAACAAAAGUAAUUAUUACACAUCAUUAUUUUUUAAAUUGUUAAGCGUUAAUUGAACUUUUAUUGAAGAACCCGCGCUAGAAAAAUCCUUGGUAAUAGAAAAAAAAAAAAAGAAUUUGUGAUAAGGAUUUUUUACAUUGCACGUCUUACUUACUAGCGGCGUUUUUUAAUCGCAAAUAUAAUAAUAAAUUUUACCGUGAUACGCCAUGAUCGUGGAUCUCUUAAUAAGAGAGUAAGAUUAAUGAAAAAAAUAUUUAAAAAAUAAAAAUGAAUGAAGCGUGUCCAGUGUAAGAGGUUGAAGAAUUUUGUAAAGCACCAAUUAUCAGUGGUGCUUAUGAAUAAAUAAUUUAAACAACAA